AUGACCUGCUAUGAGGGAUGGACGUCCUGCAAUGGGGUCUCCCUGCUGAUCCUCCUCAUCUUGGGAGUGGCUCUCAACGCGGUACCUCUGAUUUUCAGCUUAACUGAGGAAGACCGAUUUCCCCAAAAUCCCGUCUCUUGCUUUGAGUGGUGGUUCCCAGGAAUUAUAGGAGCAGGUGUGAUGGUCAUUCCAGCAACGAUAAUGUCCUUGGCAGCAAGAAAAAGAGCGUGCUGCAACAACAGUGUCGGGAUGUUUCUUUCAUCGCUCUUCAGUAUAAUCACAGUCAUUGGUGCUGUGUAUUGCAUUUGGGUGUCUUUCCUGGCUCUCUUAGAAGGUCCUCUUGUGUGUAACUCCCAAGGCAACAGUACUGCCAAUUGUCAAUUUUCAUUCACAAACUUAAGUGACAUUCAUCGAGAAUCCUUCGAGCUGCAGUGGUUCCUCAAUAACUCCUGUGUUAUUGAAAUUCUUAGCAGUUUCAAUAACCCCACCAGCAGUGACAUCACGGCCCAACAUACAAUUAUUCACUUCUCAGUAUUUUUAGGUCUAUUGCUUGUUGGAAUCCUUGAAGUCCUGUUUGGGCUCAGUCAGAUCAUCAUUGGUUUCCUUGGCUGUCUGUGUGGAGUCUCUAAGAGAAGUCGAGUUGUGUAGUUUAAUGGGAAUAAAAUGGAAGUACCAGUAGU